UUCUCCGCUACAGACGGUUGUCCCCACACACUGCCGGUCGUUUUGGUCAAGGAUGUUAAGUGCGUUAACUAUUCGUUGCUGCUUGCGAUAGAUUAUUCAUAUUCAUAUCCCGCUCUGACCUGGAUAACCGCAUUGCUCCUGUUUGGAGGCCCUUGAUUCAGUCCGGCUCGAGCUAGAAAUUGCGUUUCGGCCCGAACUGACACAGCACGCUUGAAAGCACGACUAGAUAAUGGACCUUUCAAACCUUCGCAUCACUUGAAGCUUCUCCACCCAACUGCAGGCUCGCGGGUUUUGGGACGUCUCUAAACUAGACUUUGACUCAGCGCGCUAGUAGGAAGCAGGAUUCGAUUACGGACCUUUCAAACCGUCGCAUCACUUGAAGCUUCUCCACCCAACUGCAGGCUCGCGGGUUUUGACUUUGACUCAGGAUUCGAAUAUGGACCUUUCAAACCGUCGCAUCACGCGAAGCAUCUCCACCGAGCUGCAGGCUCGCGCCAUGGCCGUAGCGAACUCUGGAGGCGUCAAUAAUGCAUCGGGGGACCCUCCCGCCUCAAUGUCCCCUGAAGACCUCUUUCUUCGAUCGUUCCUAGACACCACCGCCUCCGCUGCUGCCGCUGCUGCUGCUCCUGGGGGAAGCGCAGCAGCGGGGAGAGGACCUAAUAGCUGGAACGCCCGUGGAAAUGGCGCCAACCUUCUCCGCCCCACCAUACGGCAGCAAUUGCAGCAGAGGCUGGUGCAAGAACAGCAGCAGCAGGGGCAGGGGCAGCAGCAGGGGCAGGGUCAGCAGCAGGGGCAGGGUCAGCAGCAGGGGCAGCAGCAGCAGCUUGGGCAGGAGCAGGGGCAGGGGCAGGGGCAGCCAGGGCAGCAAUACCAAGGGCAACGGCAAGGGAGCUAUGGUCUAGUCAACGGCAGUGAGCCAUCUCUCUUUGCCAUGUCAUCAAUGGGUGGGUCUGAUGUGGCCUGGGGCGUAGGAUCUGGGUCUCAGCAGCAGCAGCAGCAGCAGCAACCUCAGCAGCAGCAGCAGCAACAACAGCAGCAGCAGCAACCUCAGCAGCAGCAGCAGCAGCAGCAGCAGCAGCAGCAGCAGCAACCUCAGCAGCAGCAGCAGCAGCAGCAGCAGCAAUGGCUGCAGAUUCAGCAGCAGCAGCAGCAAUUGCAGCAGGCCGUUAAGCGUGAUCAGCAGCAGCAAAUUCAGCAGGAGAAGCUACAGUUGACACCUCCCCAGCAGCCGAUAACACCUCCACAGCAGCACAUGAUGCCUCCGCAACAGCAGAAGACACCUCCCCAUCAGCGCAGAACAACUAUGGGCAUGGCCACACCACAGCAGCAGCAGCAGCAGCAGCAGUCACCUGACUAUGCUGGGCUGUUGCGUCUCAAGGCACCUCUCACAAGGAGCAAGUCCCAGGAACUCAGGCGGCUGGUGAAUGCCCAGGGUGUCCCUCUCUCCACGGACGAGCUCCUGCAACGACUAGCCUCCCCCUCUGACCUGCAGGCCACCAUCGCCGCGCUGCAGGGGCCUCUCUCCCAGGUGGACCUCGCUGCUCUCUCCUCCUCCGCUGCUGCUCUUGCUGCUGCUAUCCUCGGGAAUCUGCACAUGCCCACUGCUGCUAAUGCUGGUGGUGGUGGUGGUGCUGGUGGUGGUGGUGGUGGUGGUGGUGCUGGUGGUGCUGGUGGUGCUGGUGGUGGUGGUGGUGGUGGUGGUGGUGGUGGUGUCAAUGCUAGUAGGUCUCCUGCCGGUAAUGGUAAUGCGGCUCCUGUUCCUGGCACGUCUGGUGAUGCUGCUGGUGCUGCUGCUGCUGCUGCUGGUGCUGCUGGUGCCACUUUUGCUUCACUCGGAGCCAGUAGGCUUGGAUCGACUCCCCCGAAACCCCCCAUUCCGCCUUCUCCUGGAGGCAAAGGGACAGCCCUGGGGGCAGGGGCAGGGGCAGGAGCAGGAGCAGGAGGGGUGGAGUUUAAUGGGGUGAGAACACGUCAAAUGGCUCGGGCACCUGCGUCGUCAUUGGUGCAUCGACUGCAGAACAAGCUGGGGUCUAAGAAUAGGGCGAACCAGAGUGCACAGCAGCGGCAAGCACAGCAAUCACAGCAAUCACAGCAAUCACAACAGCAGCAGCAGCAGCAGCAUCAACAGCAGCAACAGCAACAUCAACAACACCAACAGCAGAUGCAGGACGCCUUAGUGCAAUCAUCAGAGGGGCACAAUCAGCAGGAGGGCCAGAAGAAACAGCUGCAGCAGCAGCAAGUGCUCGAACGCCAAACCAACAGUGCAUCACCACAACCCCCCGCCACAGCCUUGGCUAGCCUGUCCUCCUUCCCAACCUCAGGCUCGGCAAGUUCUCCUGCUUUCCCAACCUCAGGCUCGGCAAGUUUUCCUGCGUUCCCGACCUCAGGCUCGGCAAAAGCUCCUGCUUUCCCAACCUCCGGCUCGGAAAGAGCUCACCCUGUUUCACCCUCAGCGUCAGGCUCGGAAAGUGCCCCUGUUGCUACAGGGCCUCCCAUGCCUAACUCAGGUUCGGUUGGGAAUGGAACAGGACACGGGAAUGUGAUAUCUGCUGUGGCACCUGGAGGGAGGAAUGUGUCAUCAGUCGUCAACCUGCUUAAAGGUACUCUGGCACGCAAGAGAGGGAAGAAACCCGCACACAGCCCCACCAGCAGCGCCACCCCCCGCUCCACUCCCCUAUCCCCUUCCUCUGGCUCUCCCACUCCUACUCCCUCCCAUUCCGAUGCCCCUUUUCUUAAUUCCCAUUCGCACCAAGCCCAGACCACCACCCACCCGCGUCAUUCCCCUGGUACGCCACCUCCUGGUGUUGCUGCUGCUGCCGCUGCUGCUGUUGCUGCCGCCGCCGCUGCUGCUGCUGCUGCUCAUCCUGUCACUGCCACACAAGGGAAUACUCAUAUUCGUGCUGCUGCUGCUGGUGCUGCUGUCGCUGCUGCUGCCACAACUACAGCCGGUGCAGCUGAAACCCGCGCUGGCCUACAGUCACCUGGAGGCUCAGCCUCGGGUCCGGCGUCAGGCCCAGCAUCAGGCCCGGCAUCAGGUCCGGCGUCAGGUCCGGCAUCAGGGUCUCGCCCUGCCACUCCUACAGCAGGGAUAGGGGGGUUGGCUGGGUCGGGCUCCCUUCCUGGCACUCCCACGGUGGCAGUUUCAGGGGAGCCUGGAUCCGUUCCCAGCACUCCAACCUUUGGGGUCGUGGGUUCAGGGCUCCAGUCUGAGCAGCAAAAACAGCAGCAGCAGCAGCAGCAGCAGCAGCAGCAGCAGCAGCAGCAGCAGCAGCAGCAGGAGCAGCAGCAGCAGCAGCAGCAGCAACAGCAGCAGCAGCAGCAACAGCAGCAGCAGCAGCAACAGCAGCAGCAGCAGCAGCAGCAGCAGCAACAGCAGCAGCAGCAGCAACAGCAGCAGCAGCAACAACAGCAGCAGCAGCAACAACAGCAGCAACAGCAGCAGCAACAGCAGCAGCAACAGCAGCAGCAACAGCAACAGCAGCAGCAACAGCAGCAGCAACAGCAGCAGCAACAGCAGCAGCAACAGCAGCAGCAACAGCAGCAGCAACAGCAGCAGCAACAGCAGCAGCAACAGCAGCAGCAACAGCAGCAGCAGCAGCAGCAGCAGCAGCAGCCGCAGCAACAGCACCCCGCAACCACCACCCUUCACCAGCCCGCUGGCCCUAGAAGCAGACUGCGCAACCACCUCAGAGUGCAACUCCCCUCCUCCAUGCCCCUCCCGUCCUUCCAACAUACCCCAGUUGCACCUUCCCCGGUUGCACCUUCCCCCAGUGCAGCUGUACCUUUUCCCAGUGCAGUUGUACCUUCCCCAGAUAGCCCUCUCACCUCCCCCAGUCUCCUGGUCACGCCUGCUAACCACUCUCCCCUGGGAGAGGCUCGGCUGCUGAAUGCAGGAUAUGGCUUUGAGGCGCCUCAGCAUCGGAAUGCAGGGUUUGCAGGAGGAGGGGGGGAGUUGGCGGGGGACGGAGGAAGUGGUAGUGCUGCUGCUGCUUCAACUACUGGUGCUUCUGCGGCUGGUGUUGCCACUGGUGGUGCCGUUGGUGCUGGCGCUGGUGCUGCAUUGGCUGGGGUAAGGAGAAGUGCUAGUGCCAUGACUGCUGAUAGCCCAACAGCGCAGCAGCAGGGGCAGCAGCCGGUGCAGCAUGCUUUCGAGUCGACUCAAAAGCUGGCUGGGGUAAAGAGGAGUGCUAGUGCCAUGACUGCUGAUAGCCCAACAGCGCAGCAGCAGGGGCAGCAGCCGCGGAGGGGUGGAUCGGGCCCCUUGGACUAUCCCUGUGAUGGGCUUGCUAGAACAGGCUCCCUCACUCCCUCAGGUUGCCUCACUCCUUCGGGUUCCCACACCCCGUUUGGUGAUUCCUCUCGGCAACACAGAGUGGAGCGGCAAAGGAAAAUGGCAGAGGCCAAAGGGCGUACCGGUGGCAUGGCAGCAGGAGGGCUGGGGUCGCCAGACGUGGGAAUGUUGAAGCGCAAGUGUGAAACACUUGAAACGGAGAACAGGAGCCUCAAGACUUUCCAGAGCUUCAUGAACAGGAAGGACUCGGAGCAAACGACACGAAUAGAGCAGCUGGAGCAGGAGAACGCUCAGCUGCGUGCAGAGAACGAGAGGCUGAGGGACGAGCUGGCUGCUGCUGUCUCUGCGGGUCAACAGACUGGAGUCCCCUCUGCAGCCAUCUCCUCAGCAGCAAUCCCCGCUUCCGGCACUUGAGGUUGAGGUGCCUCAGGAGGAGCAGCCAGAGCAGCAGAACGGGCAGCUGUGCGCAGAGAGCGAGGGCACGAGAGGCUAAGGGACGAGCUGGCUGCUGCUGCUGUCUCUGCUGGUCAACAGACAGGAGUCCCCUCUGCAGCGAUCUCCUCAGCAGGAAUUCCCGCCUCCGGCACUUGAGGUGCCUAGAGCAGCUAGAGCGGCAGAACGCUUCCUGCAUGCUGGCGUUUGAGUCGACUCAGUUGUCAACUUGAGGCGCCUCAGGAGGAGCAGCUAUAGCAGCAGAGUGGGCAGCUGGUUGCACCAGGGAGUGAGGGGACGAGAGGCUAAGGGACGAGCUGGGUGCAGCCAGACUGGACUCCCCUCUGCAGCAGUGUCCCUGCUUCCAGAACUGGAAAAGAGCAGGAGAACGCACAGCUGCAUGCAGAAAACGAGGGGCUAAGGGACGAGCUGGCUGCUGCUGCUGCUCAUCAGGCAGGAGUGCCAACAGCUGGAGCGUCCGCCGCAGGGCUGGCUCCUGCGAAUUUGCCCGUUGACAUGACUCCUGCGAAUUUGCCCGUUGACAUGGCUCCUGCGAAUUUGCCCGUUGACAUGGCUCCUGCGAAUUUGCCCGUUGACAUGGCUCCUGCGAAUUUGCCCGUUGACAUGGCUCCUGCCAUACAUUCUGCUGGGAUGGCUCACUCAACCCCCUACCUAACCUCUGAAUCCAUUCUAAGUUCUAACUCGUCUUGUCUAGUGCAGCACCUUAUUUAUAGGGGCCUCAGUAUGACAAUACAGUAGGCCAGAGCUGUAUGGCUUUUCAGCUUGCUCAGGAGAAACGAAGAGAUUGCCAGCUUUCUGAUGGCAUCCUUUUCAGAGGUAAGCUUUUAGGGUUGAAACGGCUUGUCCUGCCAGCUUGCCGACAGCAAUUGUAACAGCUGUUGAGAGGAAGCAGUUCCCUUCCCUCCCUGCCUGCACCACCUGGCAGGUACGGUACGUACUCUGUCACCACCAGCCAAGUGUAGGAUUGCGAUAGUUGCUUUAGCUGUUGCCUUAGUUGCUUUAGCAGUAUCUUGGCAUCAUAAAA